AUGGGCAACCUUUCCUCCAAAGACUGCCACCAUGGAACAACGGGCCAACGCACAGAAAGCUUCCACACACCUCCUGCUUCACCUCAAGUGGAAAACCCAUCCCCUACAUCCAGUGUUCCUUCUUCUCUGACCUCUUCCAGUACACUUUCAUCACCACUGACACCACUUUUCCACACACCCAGUGGGAAAAAGGCCCACUUAACGUCCCUCUCAUCUCCUGCCAGCUCACCGCCACCUAUCCCAACUGAACGGAAGCCUCACUCCCCAGUUCAAUUCAAUACCUCCAACGCAUUUCCCCGCAAGUCAGGAAGUAGCACUGGGAACAAAGCACAAAUUACAACGAGUAGAAAUGGCGCUCCGCAGACGUCCACCCCAAAAGCCUCGGCCUCGCAUGAGAACUGUGCGGAUUUCGGACCGACCAAGAGCUCUCCGGUGGUGCGCGAGUCUCUGGAUUCGGCCUGGAAGGAGAGGGACAGCGGGGUCAGCCAGUCGCCGCCACAUGUCCAGGACGCUGUGGAUGAGGACUGCCGGGUUCUACUGGAGGAGUGUAGAACAGCACUGAGUAUGGAUACAGAUGAGACCGGAGCCUUAAGCCCUACAGACGCACUGAGGCAUCUACUAUCAGAAGUAAAAAGCAUGAAGCAAUCCCUGCAGACUGAGCGUGGCGAGUGGCUGCAGUUCCAGGCUGACCUACAGGUGGCGGUAUCAGUGGCGGAUCGGUUGCGUGCUGAAGCAGAGGAGGAGUUGGUGGCUCUCCGUGCGGCCCACAAGGACAUGGAGCGGGAACUUGCUGCAGCUCAGCAGCGGGAGAAGGAUGCUGACCUCCAGCUGCUGACUCUGAGAGGAGAGCUGCAGGAGAGCAGACAGAGACAAGCAGGAACAUCGGUUACACCGGACACACAAGAGACCAAUGAUAAAAGCAGCACAAAAAAGUACGAUAAUAAAGAUGAGACACUGCGAGGCAGGGACAGGGUUUUACACAGACUGGGAGGUGAACGCAGAGACUCCGGAAAUGUCAAUGAAAACUUAAAACACCAGGAAAGCCAUCGGACAGAUGUGACCAAGAGGUACCUGAAAAAUGUGACCAAUGAGGAGCAAAGUGGAGAGGAGGUCCGGCCCCUAGAGACACGGAGGUCCUUAACCACAGAGAGAUCAAGGAGCCUGUCCAGAUUACCAGCGUCAGGAGAGUUCUCUAUUACUCAGAAUAGAAAUUCCCAAUCCAAUACAAUCUCAACUUCAGGGCCAACAAACAAGAACCUGGUGCAAGAGGUGCUACGAGUUAGAAGAAGCUUGGACUGGCAAGACAACAAAAGUUCAGAUAAAGCAAAACGUGAGGAGUCUUUAAAUAAGUACAACUCUGCCCUUGCCGAUCUGCCUCCCAAGUCUCAGGAUGAGUUCAAUCUGCUGCUCCGUCGCCAUGGAGGCUCCAAAAGGAACUCGCUGCUGCGCUGGUGCCAGAAUCUAACUCAAGGCUACAAGGAUAUCAGCAUUACCAACUUCAGCACCAGCUGGGCUGACGGUCUGGCCUUCUGUGCAAUCUACCACAAAUACCUCCCCUCGCACAUCCCCUACACCAGCCUCAGUCCAGAGAACAAGAGAGAAAACCUCAGCCUGGCAUUCAAAACAGGAGAGAGCGUGGGGAUAGAGCCCACGUUGACUUUGGAGGAAAUGUUGAAAUUAGGUGGUCCGGAUUGGCAGCGGGUCCUGAGCUACGUGGAGAGUGUGUACAGACACUUUGAGAUGUAA